AUGAAGCUGUUCCUGAUAUUUUUAGCACUAUUUUCAUUCUGCUUUGCGGAUGAAAAUGAUGCUAUUGGGUCUGCUCACAUUAUUGCAUCAAAAACAUCGCUGUCCCAAUACGCUGUAGAAGGGAUGGACUAUGUUAUGGAUUAUAGGUUAUACAAUGUUGGAGAUAAGAUUGCUCUAAAAGUAACAUUAGAUGACAGGGAUGCGUUCCCAACGCAAUCUUUUGAAAUCAUCCGUGGUUUGCUACAGGUACGAUGGGAAAGAAUUGCUCCAGGAGCGAAUGUUUCACAUGCUGUUGUAGUGAGGCCACGUUCCAUUGGUCUAUUUAAUUAUACAGCUGCUCAAAUAACCUACUACCCUUCAGAAGAUGCAAAGGAAGUUCGCGUUGGAUAUACCUCUGCCCCCGGAGAAGGCCAUAUCUACCGUAAAAAAGAUUAUGAUCGCCGAUUCUCGUCUAAAUUGGGUGUUUGGGCUGUUUUCCUGUUUCUGAUAGCUCCGUCUACUUUGGUUCCCUAUAUGUUGUGGUGCAAGAGCAAGCGAGUUUACGAGCAAGAAGUGCCUACUAAGAAGAAGCAAUAA